UAGUGAUACUGACAAUACAAAUAUUCCUAGCAUUUAAAAUUAUUAAUAUCAAACAUAUUCAGAACAAUGAUAUUGAUACUCAGACAACCCUGAAUCUGCCUAUAAAUUCAAACAAACCUGAAGAUAUUUAUACCAAGAGAAUAUACAACAAAGAAUUAAUAUAUAUAUGCAAUAAUAUUUCAGAAGAAACUAAAGAUGCUUUAAAAAGAGCUAAAACUACACAAUGCAAACAAGCAUUAAUAAAUGUUGCCUGUAAAUAUAAGUCAUUUUACCCUUCUUCAAUAAAACCAACAUGUCCAUUAUUAUUGACUAAACCAAAAGUAUUGGGUUGUUUUAUAGAACCUCCAAAUAGUCCAGAUAUAAGAGAUGAAAGUGUCAAUUUUGUAGUAAAUUCUCAUGAAAAAUGUGUUAGCCAUUGUUUUAAUAGACAAUACACUUACGCUCAUCUCAUGAAUGGUUACAUAUGCCAUUGCGGGUUUAGCUAUAACUCGUUCGGCCCUUACGUGCCUCCCACGUCUCUCCCCAUCUCCCAAAACGCUUCUACGAUCUCGGUCUCGAAGGAUGAAUCCCUGGAUUGCGAAAUCAAUAAAUGCGCGGGCGACUCUAGUCAAGCUUGUGGAUCGGCCGGCUCGGCUAUCACUAUUAAAACCGGAUUUUUAGACAAAAAUGCCUUAAAUAUACAAUCCAUAUCUCGCAGUCUCAAAGAAGCUUCCAAGCCUUACGACUACAAAAACCUUAAACCCAGGGUAAAAAUUGUGUUCGUGUUUGUUAUCAACGGAAGGGCAGACAGACAAGUUCUUAGGCUACUAAGAACUCUUUACACUCCUGACCAUUAUUAUUUGAUACACGUCGAUGCUAGACGAAAAUAUCUGUACAACCGUUUGCUUGGUGCAUUCACCGGACCCAAUUCCUCUCACCCCAUGCCUGCUAACAUUAGGCUUACGGCGAAGAGGUUCACCCCAAUAUGGGGUGGCACAUCUCUGCUCCAAGUUUUGCUUUACUGCCUCGAACUCUUGCUUAAGGACUCCUACCUUGCCCGGAACUGGAAUUGGGACUACUACAUCAACUUUAGCGAAUCCGAUUUCAUCAUCAGGCCGCUCGACGAACUCGUUAAUUUUUUGACGUAUAAUAACGGAACAAAUUUCGUAAAAGCUCAUCAAGGUUCAAGUUCUACCAGAUUUAUCCAAAAACAAGGUAUUGAACACCUGUUCCACGAAUGCGAAAACCACCUCUGGCGACUCGGGAAACGUGACUUGAUACGAGGCGUGGCCUACGAUGGUGCCAGCGAUUGGCUAAUAUUGGCUCGCAGUUUUGGCCGAUACCUAAUAGCCGAUAAUCAAUCGAUAACCAGUGAUAUCGAUUAUUACAACGACAUAUUCGGUGAUCGGGAGGCUUACGAUUUAAAGGAAAUGAAGGAUUUGGUCAACAAAGAUUUCUACGAUGCGGGUAGGCUCGCUAAGAGAGAAUUUAGUGAAGAGGACAUGAACGUUUUGACGGCACUCAAGUCCUUCUUCUUUCAGGCCCUUUUGCCUGGAGAAUCUUUCUUUCAAACAUUACUGUUGAACUCAAGAUUUUGUGACCGCUUCAUCACCAACAAUCUACACCACAUUAAAUGGCGAAGGCCAUCUGGCUGCACUUGCGAGUACAAGAAAUUCGUGGAUUGGUGUGGUUGCUCUCCUCAUAAUUUUAGGACAUCGGAUUUGGAGAGAUUGAUCAAAAAAAAAAGUUCCGACGAAUUUAUGGCCAGAAAAUUCGAAGCGCUCAUAGAUCAAAAUAUCGUGAAAGAGGUCGAAAGGCAUUUGCACGGAAACGAAUUUAUAGACCACCCAAACUACGAUUCCUAUUGGUUUAACCUGUACUCGCUGGCUUACGAUGACCCAGAUAACGAGUUUUUUCGAGGUUCGGUCAACUCUGUUAAACGUUUGUUUUUCGAUUCGUUCUUUCGGGAGACAUUUUGCUCCAACUCUCUGUGUUUCGGUUUGGAUGACGAUGAUACUCUUCUCGAUAGAUAUUACCACAUUAUGGUCAAUAAAACCCAGUUAUUAAAGGUGGAUUUGUAUAAUUAUCAAGACAAAUUCACCGGAAUCUUAUUGACUUAUAAAACGUUGUCCCGUCAGAACCCCGACGCCAAACUCUUAAAACGCUCCAAAAAGUUUUUACCGCCAACAACCCUACCCCAAUCUUUUACCUUCGAAAUUUUGGCGCGUUUCGAGCCAAAGGAGAUUGUCGAAAGAUACGCAUCUCGUUGGGACCUCUUCUCCAGGUUCGAGGUUGGCGAGAAAUGCGAUUUUAAGGAAAACUUUUUCAGGAAUUACGGUUUUAUGUUAUCUACCCAAUCCGAUUUCCGACUUAUCGUCGAAUUCACCGGAAACGCUUCAAAACUAUUCUACAACAAUAAGAAUUCAGAAGACUCGUCUAUUAGCAUACUUUAUCUAUGGAUAAACCCAUUGGGCAUAAUUCAGCACUCGGAAAAUAGGACUUAUUCCACCUCUCCAGACGCUGGACAAAGCGAAAAACUAAACGACAGGGUUGAUUUUAUGAGACCAGAAAAAUUGUUGAGCCAUAAAGAGGCUCUCUUGCCAGGUGUUUGGACCUUGGCCGCCAUAUUGAGCCACAACCUAACCUUACUACACGAAAAAAAUUUUGUCCUACUACCUCCCUAUUUCUCUACGAAAGAAAGUCAAAAAAAUGAUGUUGGCGACCCAGAAUUUUAUCAUUAUUUUAACUCCCAUUUUUUAGACCCCCUAUCCAAAAUGCAUCAACACAAGAGUAUCGAAAAAUUAAGCCAAUCAAAUUUAAAAGAGCUUUCGCGAAUUUUAUUCUUGCCCGAUCAAUUUACGAGGGAUAACGUGUUUAUUGAAAAAUUGUCCCUAGAUAAAAAUCGCGGGAAAAGUAGUACUACGAAACCCGAUAAAAAUGCCAAAUACUCAUAUGAAAACGCGUUAUCCAGAUAUGAACAUGUAAAUAACUGGCGGGACCUAAAGUAUUGGAUCGAUUUGACGGUGUCCGCCGUUUGGAGACUAGAAUCACUUGGCACCUUAAAGGCUUCUUAUUCUAAAGACCAAUUUUGUUUAGUUUCAAACCGAAGAAUAGUCGAUUCACCUGGUAGUAGCCAACGAAUUUUAAAUCGAUUUCCAGAAAUAUCCGACUUCGCGACACCCAUAAAUGAUAAAAAUUUAUUAAACUGUUUACUCAACGCGAAUUAUAGCCAAAAUUUUGACCAAAAAUUGUAUUAUUGCGACGAUUUAUACGUUAAGGGCGGAGUGCAACCAGUAUUCCCUUGGAGUUCUUUUUCUUACGACCCCAAGAGUGAUGUUAAUUGGGCACAUUAAAGCCUUUAUUUUAUUUUUAUUGGACCAAAAAUUAUAAUGACUUAUUUACAAGAUUUAAAUUCGCAGUGAAAAAAAUAAUGCGUUACGAUUAGUUGAUUUUAUCUAAAUUCCUAUUGGGCCAUAUUUCUUAAUAUAACCACUCUUGAAACAUAUUAUUUCGCUAUAAGAAUCACUAUAAUACAUCCUUUCUGAUUCUGCGAAU